AUGAAGGACCUGGUCGAUGAUACGCCCGUCGCCGGCCUUCCUUUUAUGUAUAGUAACACGCCUGGGCAUACCAAACCAUCAUUCUCCAACGACAACCCGCUCGGGAUGGCUCUUCCGUUCGCCGAUCUGCCGCUCGCCUGCCGCCAAGCAGUCUACCAGCGGCUGCCCUUCACCCAGCGCAUCCGGAUGCGUACCGCCAGCCGGGCGUUCAACCGGGUCAACGACGGCUCGCUGUGGCUGGCCGGCCGUCCGCAGCUAGCCAGCGUCGUCAUCAAGCAAAUGUUGUACAUUAGCGUCUCCGACGAGACGUUCUGCAUCGUCUGGCGGCCGCCCGUCGAACGCAACGCCGGCUACCUCGAGUUCGAGCUGGUCGACUUCAACUUUUUGAAGUUCAACGGCACCUACAGCCGCGAGCCCCGCAGCGCCAAGUGUUUCGUGACCUGCUCGGACGCGCGGCACGCGCUGCGCAUCUUGAACCAGCUUUUCCGGAAGACGUCGCCCAGGGCGGCCGCCCUCAACCAGGACACUCCGACCAAGCUCGACUUGAGCGGCCUACUGCUGCUGCGAUGCCCGAUGCAGGCGCACAUCCGCGGGAAAAGCGCCGAGCUGGCCGCCCGGGCCGCCAAGAUCACCAACUGGGUGCCGCUGAAGCCGGAGUUGGUGCUUAUCGAGCUGAUGAUGGACCGUCGCGGGCCGGCCGCGGAUCAUUGCUUGACGGGCCUUUUCGAAUCGCUGAGCGAUCACUCGGCGAUUCGGCUUCACCUGGCGGUGCCGGUGUGCAGCAUGCAGCGCGCAUCCGCCGUCGCCCAUCGCUUGUUGGAGAGCGCGCUUUGCAAGAGCCCGCCGGCCGACGGCCAGAGGCGCCUGCUGGCCGUCACCCUCGACAUUGGCGAGCCGAUUCGCUACAUGCGUAUGCUGCACCAGCAAUACUUUACCGCCGACGGCUUCCGCAUCUUCACGUGGGCGUUCGGCGACUUUGAGGCCGAGGUGGCCAAGCUGAUGGAGGGCCGCGACGUCAUGCUGUUGUGCCAGGAGCUCGAGUACACGGCGACGCUGCUGAUCGCGCAGAACUACGGGACGGACAUCGACGCCGUCGGCAGGGACGCCUCCCGGGGUCUGAUGUUCCAGCCGGAAGCGCCCGUGUACCACCUGGGCCCGUUCGACUUUUCGAUCACGAUAAUGGCCACCAACAGCCGGCAGAACUACUUGAUGCAGAAUCUCGGCUAUCUACUCGACGAGUAUCGCUUUGAAAAACGGCCCUACAUCGAGAUAUGUUUAUUGGAAGCGGAUGGGGCUCAGAAUGUCGAGAUUCUCGAAAGCUUCAACCAUUUUAAUGUGUCUGGAACUUCUCACUGGCAGUUGCUCCCAAAGCUACGAUACUUCUUCGCUGAUCGCGUGUAUUUGACGACGGCAAGGCAGGACGAGACGAUGUUGGCCGUUUUGUACAGGACCUCGAGAAUCGACGAUAUUGGCAAAAGCCGCGCCGCCUUUCCGCUUAGGACAGACUAUCGCUUCACCGGCCGCUCCACCGAUUUCAACCUCUUUGCACCGCUUGCCUUCACA